AUGGCAGAGCUGGGCAGCAAGGGGGUGACGGCAGGGAAGAUUGCCAGUAAUGUGCAGAAGAAGCUCACUCGCGCUCAGGAGAAGGUCCUUCAGAAGCUGGGCAAGGCAGAUGAAACUAAGGAUGAGCAGUUUGAACAAUGUGUGCAGAAUUUCAACAAGCAGCUGACUGAGGGAACCCGACUACAGAAGGACCUCCGUACCUACCUGGCCUCUGUUAAAGCCAUGCACGAGGCCUCCAAGAAGCUGAACGAGUGUCUGCAGGAGGUGUAUGAGCCCAGCUGGCCUGGUAGGGAUGAGGCAAACAAAAUCGCUGAGAAUAAUGACCUGCUCUGGAUGGAUUACCACCAGAAGCUGGUGGACCAGGCACUGCUGACCAUGGACACAUACUUGGGCCAGUUCCCUGACAUCAAGUCACGCAUUGCCAAGAGGGGCCGGAAGCUAGUGGACUAUGACAGUGCCCGGCACCAUUAUGAGUCCCUUCAAACUGCCAAAAAGAAGGAUGAAGCCAAAAUUGCUAAGGCCGAGGAGGAGCUCAUCAAAGCCCAGAAGGUGUUUGAGGAGAUGAAUGUGGACCUGCAGGAGGAACUGCCAUCCCUGUGGAAUAGCCGUGUAGGUUUCUAUGUCAACACAUUUCAGAGCAUUGCAGGCCUGGAGGAAAACUUCCAUAAGGAGAUGAGUAAGCUCAACCAGAACCUCAAUGAUGUGCUGGUCAGCCUGGAGAAGCAGCAUGGGAGCAACACCUUCACAGUCAAGGCUCAGCCCAGUGAAAAUGCCCCUGCCAAAGGGAACAAGAGCCCUUCACCUCCACCAGAUGGGUCACCUGCUGCCACCCCCGAGAUCAGAGUCAACCAUGAACCAGAACUGACUGGCAUGGCUCCACCCGGCGCCACCCUCCCCAAGUCCCCAUCUCAGCCAGGAGAUGCCUCAGAGGUGGCGGGUGGGACCGAACCUGCGGCUGGAGCCCAGGAGCCUGGGGAGACAGCGACAAGUGAAGCAGCCUCUAGCUCCCUUCCAGCUGUUGUGGUAGAGACCUUCUCAGCAACAGUGAAUGGUGCCAUGGAUGGUGGCAGUGGGGCUGGGCGCUUGGAUCUGCCCCCAGGAUUCAUGUUCAAAGUCCAGGCCCAGCACGAUUACACAGCCACUGAUACAGAUGAGCUUCAGCUGAAGGCUGGUGAUGUGGUGCUGGUGAUCCCUUUCCAGAACCCCGAGGAGCAGGAUGAAGGCUGGCUGAUGGGCAUCAAGGAGAGUGAUUGGAACCAGCACAAAGAACUGGAGAAGUGCCAGGGUGUCUUUCCUGAGAAUUUCACCGAGCGGGUCCAGUGA